AUGUCCGAUGGUAAAAAACCAAAUAUUAACAAUCCGGCUGCUGGUAUUGGCAGAAGUGAUAUUAAUCCAUUAGGAGGAAAUAUAAAAGAGGGUGGUAUGCAACUUCCUCCAGUUGGUGAAGAUAAAAAUAGAAAUAAAAAUGCUGAUGGAUCUAAAUAUGAUCCACCUGGACCCUUAGCUGAACCUAACAAAGAUCAUGCGCAAAUGCCAAAAUUUGAUUUAACAGAUACUCCCGGAGCUACAGGCGGUCGAAAUACUUUAGGUGAUGCACCGGGAUUUGGUCCUCAACAUGGUGGUUUGAGAUAG